GAGCAUUAUUAUGGAAAACAGCUGACAUUUAGACAUUGAUUUGGCGCUCACAUAGAACUGAAUGUUUACAAACAAAAGAAUAAAAAUGAGAGCUGUGCUAUUUUUCGUUGCAGUAACACAGAUUGUUUACAUCUAUGCUGAAGACUGCCCAACCAAUAACGUCCAUACGGACUGCACGCAUUUGCAGUGUACAUCUGAAUAUCACAGGGAAUGUGUGAACCAUGUUUGCACAUGCAACCCAAAUCAAGGUAGUUACUGUACCCACACAGUGAACUGUACAAGUAAUGUAUACCUACCGGCCUGCUGGUUAGGAUGGCACUGUGUCAAUCAAGGAUGUAGAUGUGGUGGAAGCUUUGGAAAAUAAAGUCCUUGCUCUUGUUUCUGUUGAAGUUAUUGCAAUAUUAAAGUUAAUGUGAAAAUACGUUUUCUAUUGCUUUUCAUAUACAUGUAUAUGUAUGUAGAGCAAUUCCUUCAGCUCAUCGUUGUAA